CUACAGUUCUUCAUACGGGUACAUCACAUGGAAAUGGAAAACCAAACUAGCAUCUCUGAGUUUCUCCUUCUGGGCUUCUCGAGUUGGCCAGGGCAGCAAGGGCUCCUCUUUGCACUCUUCCUUUGUCUCUACUUAACAGGACUAUUUGGAAAUCUACUGAUCUUGCUAGCCAUUGGCUCAAACAAUCAUCUCCACACACCUAUGUAUUUUUUCCUUGCCAAUUUGUCCUUGGUAGACCUCUGCCUUCCUUCAGCUACAGUGCCCAAGAUGCUACUGAACAUCCAAACCAAGUCGCAAUCCAUCUCCUACCCUGGAUGCCUGGCUCAGAUGUAUUUCUGUAUGAUGUUUGCUAACAUGGACAAUUUUCUUCUCACUGUGAUGGCAUAUGACCGUUAUGUAGCCAUCUGCCAUCCUUUGCACUAUACAACAAUUAUGACCCCACGCCUCUGCACCUCUCUGGUAGCUUUGUCUUGGCUCAUUGCCACUUUGAAUCCUCUCUUGCAUACCCUCUUGAUGGCCCAAUUGCAUUUCUGCUCUAAAAACAUCAUCCACCAUUUCUUCUGUGACAUCAAUUCUCUCCUCCCUCUCUCCUGUUCUGAUACCAGUCUCAAUCAAUUGAUGGUUCUGUUUGUGGUGGGACUGAUCUUUGUGGUACCAUCAGUGUGUAUCUUAGCAUCCUAUGGUCGCAUUGUCUCUGCUGUGAUGAAAAUUAAUUCUAUUCAAGGAAAACUCAAGGCAUUCUCAACCUGUGGAUCUCACCUUGCCUUGGUUAUUCUUUUCUAUGGUGCUAUCGCAGGAAUCUAUAUGAGCCCUUCAUCCAACCAUUCAAAUGAAAAAGAUUCAGCGGCUUCAGUGAUUUUCAUGGUUGUAGCCCCUGUAUUGAAUCCUUUCAUUUACAGCUUAAGAAACAGUGAGCUGAAGGGGACUUUUAUAAAGACUCUUGGCCAGGCAUUAAAAAAUAAAGACACUGUUAUGAAAGGCUCAUACUGGAAGGACAAUAUGAAGUCAAAGGAUGAAGAGAUCGGUGAGGUCAAAGAAAUCAGUUCUGAGAAUGAAGAGUCAUUACAGAAGGAAGAUAUGCCCACAGAUAUAGAAUUUCUUGGGGUUAUCAACAGACUUAGCAAAGAUAGCUCUCAGCACCCUGAAUCCAAAGAUGCUGUUGAAAAUGGAAGUCCCAACAGCAAAGCCAUCCACCUGGAGCUUCUGACAGCCAGGAGGCGCGGCGCUCCAGCCCUUCGCGGACCGACCAUAGAGCUGUAA